GUGACGUAAAGACAUAUCCUGCUGGAUAAUGGCCGCCCGAGAAAGGCAGUAUUAGUUUGUUUAUCUUGUACUACUAAAAAUAUUACAACAAUAAAAAAACAAACUAACAAAAAAAUAACCGAUCACAAGCAAACGGAUUUCCAGCCAAAUACGGAAAAGCGAAGCAGCGAUUAAACGGACAGUGGGAUUAAAAUACACCAAGGACUGUGGUUUCAAACACGUUGACAGAAAUCGGAUAUUAAAUAUUAAUAUUCAUAUAAUCAUAUCUACAACUAAUACCUUCAAAAGGUACAGUGGUGACUCCAGGAUUCUGAUACUAUUACUGAAGACGCCCAGCGUGCAGGAGGAUCGCACCACUUUGACCAUGGCCACCCCAGCCAGCGCUCAGAACCCCAGUAAAACGUGGGAGCUCAGUCUGUACGAGCUCCACAGGACGCCUCAGGUUUGUAUUACCGCUGACAAGCCCACUGCACAGGUGUGUACCAGGGAGGCGGUCAUGGACGGCACUGAGAUCGCGGUGUCCCCACGCAGCCUGCACAGCGAGCUCAUGUGCCCCAUCUGCCUGGACAUGCUGAAGAACACCAUGACCACCAAGGAGUGUCUGCACCGCUUCUGCUCCGACUGCAUCGUCACCGCACUGCGCAGCGGUAACAAGGAGUGUCCAACGUGUCGUAAAAAGCUUGUCUCGAAACGCUCCCUACGCCCUGACCCGAACUUCGACGCCCUCAUCUCCAAGAUCUACCCGAGCCGGGACGAGUACGAGGCGCACCAGGAUAGAGUGCUGGCCAGGCUGAGCCGGCUGCACAACCAGCAGGCCCUGAGCUCCAGCAUCGAGGAGGGGCUCAAGAUGCAGGCCAUGCACAGAGCACAGCGCGUGCGGAAGCAUCAGCAGGAGUCUGACAACACCACGUUCAGCGGCGCGGAGGACAACUGUGACAGCCGCUCCCAUCUGAGCCACGGCUCCACCCACAGCGCCGCCCAGGAGGCGGGGCCCAGUCGCAAGCGCUCCAAGGCCUCUGACGAGUCCUGCCCUGACCUCGACCAGUCACACGAGGGGGGCGUGACCAGCCCCCACGAAUCAUCCAGCUCUGAGAUUGAACUGGUCUUCAGGCCACACCCCCUACUGGUGGACAAGGAUCAGUACUCGCAGACCAGGUAUGUGAAGACCACAGCCAACGCCACAGUUGACCACCUGUCCAAGUACCUGGCCCUGCGCAUUGCCCUGGAGGAGCAGCAGAGGGCGCUGGAGAGCAGUGCUGGGGGCGGGGCCGUCAGCCUGGAGGAAGUGAGCGAGAAGCAGUACACCAUCUACAUCACCACCUCCGGAGGCCAGUUCACUACACUGAAUGGAUCCCUGACGCUGGAACUUGUCAACGAAAAAUACUGGAAAGUGAGCAAGCCCCUCGAACUGUACUACGCCCCCACUAAAGAGCAGAAGUGAUGGGCAGAGGCGUGCACACCCCCCCUUCCCUUCCUCCCUGCUUCCCUCUCCCUCUCUUACCUUUCUCGCUCGUACGCAAGCACUCACUCACUGCCGCUCUCAAAAUGAAACAAACACGCACGUGCAAAACUCGGGCAAGCACUCACUCACUGACACACUCAAAAUGAAACGGAAACACAGGCAUGCAAAACUCGGGCAAGCACUCACUCACUGACACACUCAAAAUGAAACGGAAACACAGGCAUGCAAAACUCGGGCAAGCACUCACUCACUGACACACUCAAAAUGAAACGGAAACACAGGCAUGCAAAACUCGGGCAAGCACUCACUCACUGACACACUCAAAAUGAAACGGAAACACACACAUGCAAAACUCGGGAGAAAGACUGUGUUUAAAAACCCAGCGGAAGGAUCUUCAGUGGAAGAGCUGCGUUUUGGGGUUUCUGUUUUUUUUUUUUGGAAGACUGAGGACUGAAGUUUUGUAUUCCUGUUAUUAAGACUCUUUGACCACAACUACUGUUUGCGUGUGACUGUCUGUUUUUUUGUUAAAUAUAUAUUUAAUUCUUCUUCCCUUUCUUUCACAAAUUGAUUUGACCUGUUUCUAGUAACAUACAGGCUGUUACAGUGAUGGCCGUGUUUUCAUGAUGUGAAGAGAAUUUGAGUCUUGAGUCACUCCAGGGCUGGAUAUAAGAAACCCAUUCCGUAGCACUUCCACUUACUGUUGGGUAACUGGACUUCUGUUCCAUUACAGGUUUUAAUUGAAACUAGAUUUAAGGCUAUGCAGGCUUUACCUUGUUAAUUAUUACCUUAACUUUUUAUAUGGAAAAAUAAUAUUGCUAUGUAUCUAGGCAACAUCCUUUGUAAAAAAUAAAAUAAAAUAAAAAAUACAUCACAUACCUGUGCCAUGCAAAUAGACUUUUGAUGGUGGCUUUUAUGUGUGUGUACGUGCAGCAUCCACGGGUAUUGCAUGGUAAAUAAGUUACUAUUAUGAAUAAUAAGACUCCCAUUGCAAAGCAGUUUGAGCCAGUCCAGGUUUUACAUUCAUUCUGUGAACUUAAUAAUAUUAAUAAAAACUCCAAUUGCAGAGCAGUUUAAACCAGGUUUUACUUGUGAGUUAAAUUAACACUGUAAAGUUCAUUUUCAACAACAAAAAAUGUAAGUGCUUGAGAUGUGUCUGCAAAUGUAAACCUGGCACAUUGAAAUACGCAGGGUGAUUCAUAAUUGGCACAACGUUGUGGGAGCACCAUGGAAACUGGAGGGUAUGUGGAGGGUGAGACGCAAAGGAACAUGUCUGACAGACACUCUGUGACACUCGUUUGGCCACCAGGGACUUGUUCAAUAAACAUUUCGGUAGAAUGAAAUCAAUGCAAAAUAAUGUUGCACGAAUUAUGAAUCACGCUAUGUACAGUGCCUAUAGUAAGUAUUCACCCCCCUUGGACGUUUUCAGUUUGUUGUGUUACAACCUGAAAUCUUGAUGCAUUUAAUUUUUUUUUUUUUUUUUUUUUGAUUUACACAACC